AUGAUGAGCUCGCCAAAGAUGACCCCAGCAAAAGUGUCUGCACCUGCAGACACUGCCGUGUCCGUGCCUGCUUCUGCAGGCACCACCACUCCCGCGGCGACAGAAGAGAAACUUUCUGUCGCUCAAUAUCACCUUCUGCAACAGCAGAAGCGUGCCCAGGACUCAGCUGGCACCCCGUCAGCUAUCCUGUACGGUUCGUCAGUGUUGAACACCGACGGCAGCAUCCCGAUUGACUUUGGGUCUGACAUCGAGGAUGUCACCAUGAAGGAGGACGAGGCCUCCUCGUCCUCGGCUGCCGAGUCUAAGGCGGCCGAAACAACGCUCGAUCCACUCACUGGAUCGUGGCGAACGCGCGAUGAUGAUCCGAAUA